AUGGCUAAUCCGAAGCAGAGCCAGCACUCUCAGGGCGAGCACCUGUCCCACCCCUUGCCCGCGCGUCCUCGUGGUGGCCACAAGCAUGCAAUUCAACCCCACUCGAACUCGGUCCCUUCUACUCCUCAACAACAUGCUAGGAACUUCUCUUACGAGUCGAGGGAGCCCUCUCCUACCGCCAACAACAACCACUCACCUCGGUCGGCGUAUUCCGAAACCAACAGCGCCCUUCCCUCGUUACGACCGCUUGUCCCUACCAUUACAUGCAAAUUCGAGACGUCAUCGUACAAUUUUAAGAGGCGAAUGCCCUACAACAUCGGCAGCGGUGUCUGCGAGAAGGUGGACGCGGCCAAAAUCAAGACAAGGUUGACGGAGGAGCACGAGCGAAAGCUGACAUCCGACAUGCGUGAGCUCUACGACAGGUUACUACCAACGCCGAAAGUCGAAGAAAACCGUCAGAAGUUGGUCGCGAAACUACAGAAGAUUUUCAAUGACGAGUGGCCUGGGCAUGAUAUCAGAGUGCACCUCUUUGGCUCCUCGGGAAACUUGCUUUGCUCCGACGACUCAGAUGUCGACAUUUGCAUCACGACGACGUGGGCUGAGCUCGAGGGUGUCUGCAAGAUAGCUGAGCUGUUGCACAAGAAGGGCAUGGAGAAGGUCGUUUGUAUUUCUGCCGCCAAAGUCCCCAUCGUCAAGAUCUGGGAUCCCGAGCUUGGUUUGGCAUGUGAUAUGAACGUCAACAACACAUCUGCUUUGGAGAACACUCGGAUGGUGCGGACCUAUGUUGAAACCGAUCCGCGGGUUCGUCCGUUGGCUAUGAUCAUCAAGUAUUGGACAAGGAGAAGGAUAGUCAACGACGCCGCUUUCGGCAGCACUCUCAGCUCGUACACGUGGAUUUGCUUGAUCAUCGCCUUUCUCCAAUUGCGAGAUCCCCCAGUCCUGCCGGCGUUGCAUCAAAACAAAGCCAUGCGGCUUUCCAAGAAAGGAGGACCCGAAAGCACCUUUGCCGACGAUAUCGAUCGUUUGAAGGGCUUUGGUGAUAAGAAUAAAUCGACACUAGGGGAGCUUUUGUUCCAGUUCUUCCGGUACUACGCGCACGAGUUCGACUACGACAAGCAUGUCCUCUCGGUGCGACAGGGGAAGAAGCUUGUUCGAUCCGAGAAGAAGUGGGCAAAUAACCUCUGCGUCGAGGAACCCUUCAAUAUUGGGCGGAAUCUGGGUAACACCGCAGAUGAGUACUCAUUUCGGGGACUCCAUCUAGAACUUCGGAGAGCAUUCGAUUGCAUCGCCGAGGCAAAGCUGGACGAGUGCUGCGAGCAGUACGUGUUUCCGAAGGAAGAGCAGCCACCGCCUUUCAUCCGGCCACCAAACGCCCCUCGUCCGGUUAUGAUUCGGAGUUCGUCGCAGAGCAACCAGUCGGGUCGCGGAGGGCGAGGCAACUAUCGCGGAGGGCGCCACUCGAACAAUUAUCGAAGCGGGAACUCGAGUAGACGAGCAUCAUCGGGAGUGGCAUACGACACCAACACGAUGUAUAUGCCCCAGAAUCCGAUGACACCGCAAGAGGUUGCUUGGUACCAGCACGCGGCCGCCCAGCAGCUGCAGUACCCGGGCAUUCUUUUCAACCAGUCUCAGGUGCUCCAGAUGCAAGCUCAAAUGGCAGCUCAACUACAUGCUCAUCAGAGGAUGCAGGGCGGCUCAUCUACGCCCCAACAGCAGUCUCAGCAGUCUCAGCAGGGCUCAUCUGAGCGCUCGAGGACGAAUUCGUUUGAGAACCCCCCGCUCAGCGCUCCCCUCGCUGCGUCAGACUGGUACAGCAUGUACAACUUGCAACUCCAGGCCUUCUAUGGCGCGCCGGCGUACACGUACCCACCCUCGCCGGCAACCACGUCUGCUGCUGGACCAGAGUACAGGAGGCAAAGAUCGACGAUGGCAGCUGACUCGGGCGCCUCAACGUCGGGAAGCUCGCUUAGAUCGCAAUCCCAACCAGCAUCACGCUCGGCUCCCCAGGGCCAACCAGGCCAACCCUUCUCAGGCUCGGCGCCGCAGUCAAAUGGCAUUGCGGGCCCACGACUCGCUAACGGCGUCUCUAUCCCCAGCUUCACGCCGGAGGAUGCAGACUAUGAUGCGGUGCCUAGACAACCGAACAAAGACUCCCCAGCGUCUGAAGAAGGGACGUACGCUGGGUAUUACGUGGCUGACACCUCGAGCCCAAACCAGCGGGCACAGCCCAUUUCCAACGGUAUUGCCUUUGGUGAUCUGGCACAUAAUGCCCAAGGCCGGCGCAGAUUGUCGACCGACCAGAUCCCGCAAACAUUGCUGGAUCGCCGUCUCCGAAGGAAGUCCCGCUCCCCGUCGCCAUCGCCCCUGGGUCAUGCCAGAGCGUAUUCGAUUGGCACCCAGGCAGGCCCAUCAUCUUCUGCUCCGAUGACUGUACCAGCCAACCCGAGCAGUGGCAACCGAUCAGCCGCUCGGCCUCUGGUGGUCAAUGGUACUGGGUCCUCGGCAUGGCGGGCAAGCUCGAUCCCUUCGCACAGGCAAGGAGCCUCCAAUCUGUCUGUCACUGAUAAUAUUGCGCGGGAAGAUAAUGUCGCACCCUGUCCCGACAACGUCUACAACGUUCCAGGACUCGGCAUCAGCACGCAGUAUGCACCUGCGGUAGACCUUCCACUCGCGGUCACGGCAGACGUUGCCCGUUCCCAAAGCUUGGUGCCUGAGACACGGACGCCAGUCAUUGUGAACGGAAGCACGAAUGUGUCAACCUCCUCUGCCGCAGCAGGCAUUCCUAUUUCUGGUGCUGUUCAGCCCAUGGAGGACGCCUCUUUCCGAGACCGCAUCAACCUCAUGGGAUUGACGAAUUAUCAGACUCAGCAAGCAGCAUUCCAGUCUGAUGCCGCAAGUGGUGUACCAACCUCGACGACGAGACAAAGGUUAAGCACUAGACAACUCCAGAACGGGGUGAUUGCACCGCUUGAUCUUGCAGUCCGUGAAGGUCGUAGCAGUGGGCAUCCGCUGGCCCUUGACCCACAACAUCUCUCUCCUAUCAACGAGACAAGAUCUCCAUCGCCGACUACCGUCCGUAAGCUUGAUCACGCGUUCAAGACCGACAACACCAAUCUGCCCCGUAGUGGCACCAUGGACAGCCUGGCCGAGCCUUUCCGACCUGGACAGGCUCUCACUGAGCAGAUGAUGUUGUCUGCCAAGGAGCAGAGUCAGCUGCCAGUCACUGGUCAAGGCGCAGCACGAACGUCAGCGGCGCCGUCUGGGCAUCCUCUGCAGGUGUCACUCACGCCGAACCAAAUUCCACCCUUCAACCCGAAGCUGGGUGAUUCUCGCGAGAAUGGACACACCCGUGGCGCCAAGAGCGAGAGCCAUAGUGCCGAUGGUGCGUGGCAGAAGGCCACCAAGAGCCGCAAAAAAGGAGGGGACGGCCGGGUUGCUGCACCCAGUGAACAACCUCCUCGACGCGGAGAGGACAGAAAGGGCGGCUGA